CAAUUUCUUUGAGAUGGCGCAGAAGCGCAGAUUGAUGAGGAAUGGAAGAAUUGUAGGUUAAGUGUCGAGCGGUGUGUGAAUGUUUUUACCGUAGUGUUUGUGUUGACAGUCAUUUAGGACGUAUUUCGCCCCGUUUUCAGGUACAGUGACGAAACUUGUAGACGACGACGGGCCACGCUACCACGCUUUGACCGUCGCUGAUACAUCUUGUUACUGAAAAUGCCGGAGGUGACAGCUGACGUCGGAAAAUUGGCUAUAGGUGAAAUUUUCACCUCUGAAAAGAGUGGAAACGACGAGUCCGGAGAUGGAACAGAAAGUAAACCUUUUAAAACUAUUCUACAAGCAAUGCGACACGCAGGACGUGAACCGUUUCCAGUAAUCUAUGUGGAUUCCAAAACAGAUGAUCAGAGGUAUGAACCAGCAGCCAAAUCACAACUGAAAAAGAUACAGAAAAUAUGGACAAGGGAAAAUUACAAGAAAGCAGACGCUGCUAAGAAAGAAGAAGAAGAUGCCGAAAAAAGAGCAAAAAAUUUAGAAGAAGCCAAGAAAAUUGUCAUUAAACAAGAUGAGAGUCUACCAAAGGCCAAAGAGAUAAAAAUAAAAUCUGCACCUUCAAGUUGUGACACAAGAGUAAAAAUUUAUGGCUGGGUGCAUCGAUUGCGCAGGCAAGGGAAGGCCUUGAUGUUCAUCACUCUGCGUGACGGGUCUGGCUUUCUACAGUGUGUUCUGAAUGACCUGUUGUGUCAGACAUAUGAGGCUAUUGUCUUGACUACAGAGUCAUCGGUCCAGUUAUUUGGAACAGUCAAGAAGGUUCCUGAGGGUAAAACAGCACCUGGAGGUGUUGAACUUCAUGUCGACUAUUGGGAGCUAAUUGGCACAGCCCCUGCAGGAGGAGCAGAUGCUGUCCUCAAUGAAGAAGCCUUACCAGAUGUUCAAUUAGACAACAGGCACAUUAUGAUUCGUGGUGAGAACACAUCAGCAGUGCUGCGUGCACGAUCCGCAGUGCUGAAGGCAUUCCGUGACCAUUAUGCAGACAGGGGCUACUGUGAAGUCACUCCACCCACUCUUGUACAAACACAAGUUGAGGGUGGUUCAACUUUGUUUAAGCUUGACUAUUUUGGUGAAGAGGCAUAUCUAACACAGAGUUCUCAGCUCUACCUGGAGACUUGUUUGCCUUCUCUGGGGGAUGUUUACUGUAUAGCAGAGAGCUAUCGUGCUGAACAGAGUCGCACAAGGAGGCACUUAGCGGAAUAUACCCACAUUGAGGCAGAAUGUCCUUUUAUAACAUUUGAGGAUCUUUUAGAGAGAUUGGAGGAUCUUGUAUGUGAUGUUGUGCAAAGGGUAUUGGAUUCACCUGUAGGACAAAUUGUCAGUGAUCUCAAUCCUGAUUUCAAGCCCCCGUCGCGACCUUUCCUGCGCAUGGAUUACGGUGAAGCCAUUGAAUAUCUACGUAAAAAUAACAUUAAAAAAGAUGAUGGCAGUUUUUAUGAAUUUGGAGAGGACAUCCCUGAAAUGCCUGAGCGACGCAUGACAGAUGCAAUUGGGAAACCUAUAAUGCUGACACGCUUCCCAGCUCACAUCAAAUCAUUUUAUAUGUCGUUGUGCCCAGAAGACAACAGGCUGACAGAGUCUGUUGAUAUUUUGCUGCCAGGUGUGGGUGAAGUCAUUGGCGGAUCCAUGCGUAUUUGGCAGUUGGAACCUCUUCUGCAGGGUUAUGCCCGUGAAGGAAUUGACCCUACACCAUACUAUUGGUAUACUGAUCAACGACAGUAUGGCAGCUGCCCACAUGGUGGUUAUGGGUUAGGUCUUGAACGGUUCCUGUGCUGGUUACUUGCAAGACAACAUAUUCGUGAAGUCUGUCUUUAUCCAAGAUUUCUUGAGCGCUGUAAGCCAUAAACAGUUUGUAAUUUAUAUGCUCCUUUCACAGUUGGUCAUUCCACACAUUGUUAACUGUUCAUAGUUACUUGGAUUAUAGUUACAUUGUGUUAUAAAAUGAAAGCAAUAGGAGUUUCAAGGGCUAAGAACUUUUGUGGCUGUAAUUAAGGCCUUGAAAGUGAAGUUCUUUGUCAUCAGAAGAAAUAAUUAUGACAGUGAACAGUAAAGCUAUUACAGAAUUAUUAUAGCAAACAGUUAGUUCAUGCCUCAUUCCUACUUACUUUCCUUGUAAGAUCUUGAUGUUGUUCAGGGCAAUUAUUUCUCAUCUUGGUGUGUUAUUAAAUCUGUGCAAGGUUUCAUCCAUAAAUUGUAUUGUUUUUCUGGCAAAGUGUUCUGCAAUUGAAAAACCAGCUUGUGAUAAUGGGCUUUUGCAGUUUCACUGUUGCAUGUAACAUAGGCAGUUUUGUGCAUUGAGGCAGUUCAGGUUCACAGGAGUGUGAAUCUGUUAUUUAAAGUGAUCUGACAUAGCAUUUGUGAGUGAAAAAGUUUAAUACAAAACAGAAUGUCCGAAAUUUUAAUGAGCACGAGGAAUGAAUGCUGGAAAAAAAGUGGUUUUAAUUUCUGGCUGAAUUCUGUAAUUAUUGUUACAAUGGCUGUUACUGUUUAGAUCUGUUGCAGUGAUGCAGUAGUGCUUUUAACUGUAAUGUGUUUUUGUGUAGAAGGAACAUCAGAUCUUAUCAACAACUUUUAUAGAAAAUGUAACAUUGGUGAAAAUAAUUUUCCGUGAUUAAAGUGUGUUAUUCAGGUACAACCAUACCAAGAUGAAAAUAAAAGCUCUCUUAUGUGGAUGUGAUUAAGUAACAUUUGUAACAGAGCUGACAAAUGUGGGAUGUUAUUAAGGGAGGUGUAAAACUGAAAGGAUUAUGAAGGCUUGUUGACAGCAGCUUCAAUGCAAAUUGCACCAAAAUCAAAAAAUGUGCUUUAUGGCAAUAAUAAAAAUGUUUAUUAAAUGAC